AUGCCCGAGAUUGACCCUAAUUUCUUAUGCCACCGACCCGAGACGCUCGACCAGUUGCCCUACCUUUUUGCUUCGACGGCGUCGGAUAUGCCCGGGAUUGACCCCAAGUUCUUAUGCCACCGACUGGCCGUAUGCCGAGAUGCUCGACCGGUUGCCCAAAAGAAGAGAAAGAUGGGAGAAGAGAAGAGAAAAGCGGCGGAUGCGGAGGUCCAAAAACUGUUGCAAGCAAACUUCAUCCGAGAAAUCACAUACACCACCUGGCUAGCAAACGUUGUGUUAGUAAAAAAGUCGAAUGACAAGUGGAGAAUGUGUACCGACUACACAGACCUCAAUAAAGCCUGCCCGAAGGAUGCCUACCCACUCCCUUGCGUCGACCGACUCGUCGACGGCGCGUCGGGGCAUGCGGUGUUCAGUUUCCUGGACGCUUACUCCAGUUACAACCAAAUCAAAAUGUACCCGGCCGACGAAGAGAAGACGGCGUUCAUAACCGAGAGCGCCAAUUUCUGCUAUAAAGUAAUGCCGUUUGGACUGAAGAAUGCCGGAGCAACCUAUCAGAGGUUGAUGGACAAGGUGUUUCAGGGUCAGGUCGGCCGGAACAUCGAAAUAAAUGUGGAUGAUAUGGUGGUAAAGUCCAGUUCCCUGGCCGAACACCUAGCCGACCUAACCGAAAUAUUUUCCCAACUUCGUAGACACAACAUGAGGCUCAACCCCGAGAAGUGUACCUUCGGAGUCAAGGGAGGCAAAUUCCUGGGAUUCAUGCUAUCGGCGAGAGGCAUAGAAGCGAACCGAGACAAGUGCCAGGCCGUGUUAGACAUGCGAAGCUCGAGCAACCUCAAGGAGCUGCAGCGCCUCUCAGGAAGGUUGGCCGCCUUAUCCCGAUUCCUCCCACGGUUAGGCGACAAAAUCAGCCCGAUGACAAGGCUCUUGCGGAAGGCUGCUGCCUUCUCUUGGGACGAGCAAUGUGAAGCCACCUUCGCCACGUUAAAGACGACCUUGGCAACACCACCGAUCCUCACGAAGCCUGACCCUCUACGCCCAAUACUGGUAUACCUAUCUGUGUCGGACGAGGCAAUAAGCUCGGUGCUGAAAAAGGUCGCCCUCGGAUUGGUGCAUUCCUCGCGACGCCUACGACACUACUUUCAAAGCCACCAGGUAGUGGUGCACACCGACUGCCCGAUCUCAAAGGUCUUAGGCAAGCCCGAGCUCGCUGGGAGAAUGAUGGCCUGGUCAGUCGAGCUCUCACAGUUUGAUAUCGUGUACAAGCCUAGGGGACCGAUCAAAGCUCAGUGCCUAGCGGAUUUCGUAAACGAGCUGCACCCGCAUGGCCACUUUGAGGAGCAAUGGUGGACCCUCCAUGUAGACGGCUCAUCCAGUGGCAGAGGGAGCGGAGCAGGGGUCAUCUUGGAGGGACCGAAGGGUAUAACGCUGGAACAAUCCUUGCGUUUUCGCUUCAAGGCCUCAAAUAAUCAAGCAGAAUACGAAGCACUACUAGCAGGAUUGAGGUUGGCCGAGGACAUGGGAGCCUCGAGGAUCAAGUGUUUAACCGAUUCCAAGGUUGUAGCCGAGCAAGUGGGUGGUAACUUUCAGGUCAAAGAUCACAUGAUGAUGAGGUAUUAUCACGCCUACCAAAAGUUGAAGGCGAACUUUCAGGAGGUGUCGGUCGAGCACAUACCGCGUGAAGACAACACCCGCGCCGACCAAUUAGCCAGGUUGGCCGCGACCAAAAAGCCGGGCCAACUGAGAACGAUCAUUCAGCAAGAGAUAGACCACCCAAGUGCCGAAACGGAGAUAGAAAAUGUUGAGGCCGACCCCGCAGGGCAGAAAGGCCCACAAGAUUGGCGAGACCGAAUCAAGGCAUUUAUUGACAAGGGUACCGUUCCCGCCGACCCUACCGAGGCUAAGCGGUUGAGGGUUCAAGCUAGUAGGUACGUUGUCGUUGCGGGGCAGUUAUACAAGCGUGGUUUCUCCACACCUCUUCUCAAGUGCCUAGACUCCGCUGAAGCCGAUUACGUCAUAAGGGAAGUGCAUGAGGGAAUUUGCGGAAUGCACUCGGGGGCAAGGACAACUGUGUCGAGGUUACUGCGGGCGGGAUACUAUUGGCCGACCAUAACACCGAUUGUGCAGCUACAACACAAGGUCACAUCGGUCGAGCACCCGCAAACUAACGGUCAGGCCGAGUCGGCGAAUAAAGUCAUCCUGGCUGAAUUGAAGAAACGCCUCGGGAAAGCAAAAGGAGCAUGGGUCGAGCAGUUACCUGAAGUGCUAUGGGCCUACCGAUGCACGCCCCAAUCAACUACGCAGGAAACUCCGUUUCGCCUAGUCUAUGGGUCCGACGCGAUGAUCCCGGUAGAAAUCAGAGAAACCUCUUUCCACCGAGCCCAUUAUGACGAGUCGAACAAUGAGGCCGAGCUCCGCGCAAAUUUAGAUAUCGUAGGGGAAAUUCGCGACCGAGCGCUGGUGGUUGCUGAGGCCACCAAACAACGAUACAAAAGAAGGUUCGACAGCAAGGUGAAGCCUAGAGAGUUCCGAGGCGGAGAUUUGGUUUGGAGAACCACGGGCGAGGCGAGGAAGGAUGCGAGGCAAGGGAAGCUCGCCCCAAACUGGGACGGACCCUUCCAAGUCCGACACAACUUGAACAACGGUGCUUACAAGCUGGAGCACCUGUCAGGAGAACCAAUUCCGAGAACUUGGAACUCCUCCCACCUAAAGAUGUAUUACAGUUGA